UGCUCUUCCAAUACUAUCAGAUCAAUAGAUUGGAAGAGCAGAUCGAAAAAUGCUCUCACCUUAAGGAGAGACAGCGACUCCAGGACGACAAGACGCGACUCUGGAACAAGGAAGCGCUACUCCGGGGCAAAGAAGCGCUACUCCGGGAGCAACUCCUGCAAAGAUGAGGGCACUCCUAUCACUCGUCAUUGACGGCCAUCUCCUAAUCUUUGUCUUUUAAUGUUCUCGGGGACUGCUGGAUUCAUGGUUAAGGAAUUAGGGUUGGCAUAGGAUUGCAUACUUUACUUCAUGGACCUCUAUUGUUCCGUAGCCGGUUCUCUGUUGCCGAACUAGGUGGUCUGGGUUAUGUGUAUUCUUUGUUGUGGAUAGGAUAGAGGCGAUCCGUCUCUAGGGAAGGAUCCUUUGGGUUUGGUGUUGUGUGUGAAGGUGCGUGUAUGAGCUAACAAUGGAAAAAAUAGUAUAUAAUGUGUUACGAAAGGUUGCUGUUUUGCCAGUGUACCAAAUUUAUGCUUCCUUGACUACCACAAUAGCAACCAUUACAAGUAUUGUAUUUCCUCGUAUUUCCUCGGAUUUUCAUUUAAUUCACAGGAUUGCAUGUGCAGAUAGUGCACAGAGUAUGAUUGGCUACGUCAGGACUUGCCGUUGUGGGACUCAGGGUCUUGUUCCAAGACACCAAACACCACGUAAAAGGAGCGUAGAUACACGCCUGUUAAAGUGGAGUAUUGGGACGUGGAGAAAGACAUUGAAGGCUAUCUUAACAAGGCAGAUAAUUUGAAGCGUAGAUUUCAGAAAGUGGAAUCUCUUACAGCCACCACAGUAUGGCAGAAUUUGGCAGACAUCGCCGGUUCUGUCGUGGCCAGCACGUGCGAUUUUGUGAGUAAGAAGCAAUCAGGUUCAUCGAUAAUGUACGGACAGGAAAUCAGACUUGAAGUGCCACCAAAUCUCCUAGCAGAGGAGAGAAAAUCAAAGAAUUCAGACCAGUCAAGGUCUGUGGACAAAGACGUUCGAAAGACGUUCUAUUAUGCCAAACCUCUUCGUGUGGAUAUCUUAGUGAAAUCUAACGACAAGAAUGGAGGUCUCGGAUGCCCCUUGCUUAUUCAUAAACUUUGGGCAAGAUGCUCCUGCCAGACAGGGAUUGACCCCAAUUGCUGGUGCAAUGUUGGCAUCACGAAAGGACAAGCUAGGAGCCUCCUGAAUUGCAUUCUUCAGGGAUAUGAUUACUUGGUUUUGGCUAAGGUUAGAUAUGGUGUGCUCACGGAUAUCCAAAACUGGUAUCUCUUCAAAAGAGAUCAUUCCGACUACCUUUACAUCUCAGUGGGUUUUAAGUGGAAGAACCGGCAACCGCAUUUGCCUGCUGCAAUCGCUUAUUUGAUCAGUACUUCUGUCAACGCCAGUGGUGAGUUUGAUGUUCCACCCGAGGAGGGUGAGCGUCCCUGGAGUUGGGACGUUACCCCUUAUACCAGUCCCAGUGGUGGGUCUAAAGAUGAUGAUGAUGAUAAGGAUACACCCUACGAACCAAGUGAGAACGAAAUGGGUGAUUGCAAAAGGUUUGCCCCGAGGACUCAAGAGGCAAACUCAAAUAGCAGACAGAAGCAACUGCAGGAGAUUCUUGCAUCGGACCUGCAUUUAGACGACCGUCCCAUUUCUAGUGAGGGAUGGAGUGGAUGCGUGGUUGGUGGUCGUUUGAAUGAUUCCUUGUUGCAGUGAAGCUUGCUCUCCGCAAGUCGAAACGUGAGGUGGCUCUCCUGAACGACGUGGGCGCCUAUCUAAAGCUACAGGAGCAUUGGGGGGUUUUCGUGCCCCCAUUAGUAGGAUACAGAACCACAGCCAAUGGCAAGAUUGUGCAUGUAGCAACAGAGUUGAUCGAUGACAGUCAACUCGGUCCUGGGACAGUGACGAGGGAGGUGGCUGCUGCGGCACUUCAAGCGCUUGGCGCUGUGCAUGCGUGCGGGCUGCUUCAUGGGGAUGUCGAGGCACGGAAUAUUAUGGUCGUGCGGGGUACAGAACCAUCUGUCCGCCUUGUGGAUUUUGGCUUUGCUUGGUGCAGCAACAAUAGGAAGUGGCAGAAGGCAGAGGUCAUGAAGUUGGAGCGCCUCUUGGAAGAGAUGAUGGGAGUGGGGUGGGAAAAGAGUCAGAUAUUGUAAUAUAUCCUCAUAAGCAGCUUUGUUUAGUAUAGUGUAAUUUGCUAUCCAAGCAACUCCGAUGAUGAAGGGCAACAGUGAUUUGGAAGACUCACCGUUGACUGCUUGUCAGAAUGCCAAUCCAUUUAUUUGCUGAGGGCAAAUGGUGUUGUGUUUACCAAGACCACCUUUUAUGAAACAGAUUGUGAUGGACCGAAUGAGAGGAGUAUCUGAAUAUAGAUUUUUACCCAAGAUGAAGGAGAAUCUAUUAAUCUAGGGAGUUGUACACUGGGUUUUAAUUUUGUAGGAGAUUUUGAGGCUUAAUCAGGAUGAACGUGAAUAGGAUCAAAUUAGCGCAUAUUCACGUUCAUCACGUUCAUGCCAUUAUGUGCUGUUUUGAUCCUGAACUUUCUAAGAUUUGCUCACCUCUUUGAUCCUUGUUUAUGUUA